AGUUUUUUGGAAAUUCUCUCAGUUUUUAGUUUACGCCUUAAAAUCUACAGUUUUUUGCUUAAGAUGCUAGCGCCAUCUAGUUUGUUGUAGAAUGGAGAACCCUUCGCAAGACCAAUUUUGAAUUUAACGAGACUGAGACGCCCAGUGUAGAAAAAUUUUGGUGGCAUGUUUCUAAAUUAAAAAAAGGCGAUGGCUCUGCGAUGUUUCCACUUUUAUCGACUUUAACUAGAAAGCUUCUAUGUUUGCCGCACCGUACUGCUACGGUAGAACGGUUGUUUUCCAGCAUAAAUCUUAUGAAAACGAAGCUUCGAAAUAAACUUUCUACGACUACAAUAAAAGGUACCUUGCACACAAAGUCAGAAAUUAAAAAUUGUUUUGAGUUCAAUGCAACAAAUGACCAUUUAAAAGAAUUCAAUCAAAAUAUGUACGAUUUCAAGAAUAAAGAUAAAACGGAAAAUCAAGAAGAUAUACAAAUUGAAAAUGAGAUAGUAGCUAGUGAUACCAUCUAACUUCUAACAUAUAUCGUCAGCAGCCGAUGAUCAGCUGCUGAUCAGCUACUAUUUCAUUGUUAUCGAUGGACCUUCAUAAGCUGUUAUAAUUAAGAUUCCUCAAAAAUCGCUAGUCACAUUUUCUGAAGUGUUACAUUACUAUCUUUUAAAUAUUACUGAUUUUAUUUGACAUAAUGUAUCUUUAUGACUUUUGAUAUUUAAUUUGAUUAAAACUUUGAUAAUCACAUGAUUUUUUUUGUUUUUUAUUCCCUCUCUAAAAUGUAUUCUAUUUAUUACCAUUAUUAAAUAAUAAAAAGACAAAGCUGUAGAUUUACUGUUUUUUAAUUUGAUAUUUACAGUUUUCUACAGUUUUUUUCUGGCAUAUCUACAGUUUAGCUCUAUGCUGUGGUUGGCAACACUGGUCAAAACCAUGUCAAAACAAUAAAACAUUUCUAACCUAACCAACUACCUACCUAACCUCUCAGUAGAGAGUAUAUUCCUUGAACCUAACCUAUUUUCUAUCCGCGCAUAAUUUUGAUCAACGUUAUAAACACGUGUUAUAUUAUUUUAUUUUGAUAUAAACAAUCUUUAUCACAUUGAAUUUGUAUUUUAUUAGCGGUUUUUGAAAGAAAAACUAGAAAGUUAACUAAUCAAAAUGCCGAAAUCAAAGAGAGAUAAAAAAGUUUCAUUAACAAAAACCAACAAAAAGGGUCUUCUUCUAAAACAAAAAACUAUUGAAGAUAUAAGAAACACACUUUCGAAAUAUGAACAUAUAUUUCUGUUUACCGUUGAUAAUAUGCGUAAUACAAAAUUAAAAGAUCUGCGUAAUGAUUGGAAAGACUCCAGAUUUUUCUUUGGUAAAAAUAAAGUCAUGGCAGUAGCACUUGGACGAACGAAAAGUGAUGAAGUCGAAGAUCAACUUAACUUGCUUUCCAAAAGAUUAAAAGGACAAUGUGGUUUACUCAUGACAAACAGAGAUGUUAGUGAGGUAUUAGAAUAUUUUAAAAAGUUUCGUGAGACUGAGUAUGCGAGAGCUGGAUUUAUUGCAACCCGUGAUGUAAUCCUACCUAAAGGGCCACUCGAAGAUUUUUCGCAUUCUAUAGAACCACAUCUGCGACGACUUGGACUUCCCACAACCUUAGAAAGAGGUGUUAUUACUUUAAUAAAAGAAUAUCAGGUUUGCAAAAAGAAUGCCACUUUGACACCAGAACAAGCAAGUAUAUUGAAACUUCUGGGUAUACAGUUGGCAAAAUUUAAAGUGGUUAUUAAAUGUCACUGGACUAAAGGAAAAGGAUUCCAUAAGGAUUUGGAUGUGCCAACAGAUGAUGAAACAAGUGAUAAUGAUGAGAAAAUUAUUGAAGAUGAACAAAUGGAAGAUGAUGAAUCAUCAUAGUUCAUAAUAUACUACAAUAUUGUUCCACCUACUGUACAUAAUUAUUAUUAAACAAUAACUCUUAUAGUUUAAUAUUACAUAAUUUUAAAA